CAAGGUUAAGUGCAAGAGAAACAAGGAAUCUAUACUGUCGGAAUUUGCUGUUGACUUUGAUGGUGAGUGGAAGUUGAAGUAGAGAGCCAGUGCUAAUACCGGAGAUUAAGAAGAAUGUUCGACUGUAAAUGACAAAGUAUUAUCGUGAUAAGGAAACAAGGAGAGACGUAACGGAGAGAAACAGUGAUAGAAAGAAACAGAAGGAAAGGGAGAAAAAGAGAGAGGGGGAAAGAGAGGUGCGCAAAGAGCCAGCCUACCUAUAGCCUUUACUUCGUAAGCAUCACAGCAGGACAAGACCGUCAAACGAAUCUCAAGGCACUUGCCCCCUGACGGAAACAGACGAGAGCAGGCGAUGUUUUGGAGCGCAGGUUUCGACAGCAGGAUGGUGGUGGUCAGGCUUGUCCUGUCCCUCUUCACCCUCAACUCCUUCUGCGAAACCAACCAGCCUCCACGUUUCCAGAACUACUUUUUCAACUCCUACCUCCUCAUCUAUGAGAACACAGCAGUCGGCACGUCAGUGACCAAGUUGGACGCAUUCGACCCUGACCAAGAGCCUCUGAUCUACGGGGUGGUGGGAGAGGAGGCCCUGAGAUACUUUGCUGUGGAGAAAGACACAGGAGUCGUUUGGCUACGCCAGGCCCUGGACCGCGAGACCAAGUCGGAGAUGCAGGUGGAGUUCUCUGUGAGUGACAGCCAAGGGGUGGUCAAAAACACAGUGAACAUCCAGGUGGGAGAUGUGAACGACAACGCCCCUACACUCCUCGGCCAGCCAUACACAGUGCGCAUCCCAGAGAACACGCCGGUGGGCACCUCCGUGUUCCAGGUGAACGCCACCGACCCAGACCAAGGCGUUGGUGGGAGCGUGCUCUUCUCCUUCCAGCCCCCGACCGCCUUUUUCUCCAUCGACGGAGCCCGGGGUACAGUCACUGUCAUCAGGCCGUUGGACUACGAGACCACCACAUCCUACCAGCUCACUGUCAACGCCACGGACCAGGAUAAGACGCGGCCCCUGUCCAGUUUGGCUAACUUGGCCAUCCUCAUCACCGACAUCCAGGACAUGAACCCCGUCUUCACCAACCUGCCCUACAGCACCAACAUAGAGGAGAACGUCCCAGUGGGCUAUGAGGUGCGCAAGAUAAGAGCCAUUGACCAGGAUCUAGGAAGUCCCAGGGGCAUCGGCUACACAAUCGUCUCAGGCAACACAAACAGUAUAUUUGCUCUGGACUACAUCAGCGGCUCUUUGACGGUCAAUGGACUGCUGGACAGGGAAAACCCCCUCUUCUCGCCUGGCUUCACUCUCACCGUCAAGGGCACAGAGUUGUACGAUGAUCGGACGCCGUCGGAUGCCUCGGUGAUGACCACCUUUACCAUCCUGCUGAUUGACAAGAACGACAAUGCGCCGAGGUUCAACAGCUCAGAGUACCGCGUGCUCAUCACAGAGCUGGCCCAGGUGGGCUUCGCCCUGCCUCUCUUCAUCCAGGCUGAGGACAAGGACGAGGGAGUGAACAGCAUGUUUCAGGUGUUCCUGACGGGGAACAACUCCGAUCACUUCACCAUCUCCCCCACGGCGGUGCAGGGCCGUGCUGACAUCACCAUGCGGGUGGCCGUGCCCCUGGACUAUGAGACGAUUCGCGGCUACAGAUUCUCUUUAUAUGCCAAUGAGUCCCUGCCAGACCAUGUGGGCUUUGCUCGCAUCUUCAUCGAGCUGAUCAAUGAAAACGACAACCGACCCAUCUUCAGUAGACCCCUGUACAAUAUCAGUCUGCCGGAGAACACCCCAGUAGGCACCUCUCUCAUACAUAUCCAGGCUACAGAUGCUGAUAUUGGUACCUUUGGCGCAGUGCUGUAUUACUUCAGUGAUGAGCCUGACCAGUUUUCAUUGGACGCUGAGACUGGCUGGGUGCUUCUGCGGGGCAGUCUGGACUACGAGCUGAUGCAGCGCUUCACCCUCACCCUGCUGGCCAGGGACGGGGGCGGGCAGGAGACCACGGGCAGGCUCAGAGUCAACGUGCUGGAUGUCAAUGACAACACACCCCUCUUCCAGAAGGAGGCGUACAUAGGCUCGCUGAGAGAGAACGAACAGGCCGUGCAGCAGGUGGCCCGAGUCAGGGCUAUCGAUGACGACUCUCCGCCCAAUAACGUGCUGACCUACACCAUCACGGUGGCGUCGGCGUUCCCGAAUUACUUCCUCAUCACCAUGGUGGAGGGCUAUGCAGUGAUCAGUGUGAUAAGACCUCUGGACUAUGAGAUGGUCCCUGGAGGAAUGAUCUACCUUAAUGUGAUGGCCAAAGAUAGGGGCAACCCAGCCCUCAACAGCAGUGUCUCUGUUACCGUGGAGCUGUUUGAUGAGAAUGACAACCCGCCAGAGUUCAGCAAGCCAAUCUACAUUGUCAAUGUCCCUGAGAACAUCAUUGCAGGGGCAACGGUUGUAUUUGUGAAUGCCACUGAUCUGGAUGCCUCCCCAGAGUUUGGACAAGCCUCUCUCAUCUACUCCCUACAGGGUUCCUCCCAGUUCCGCCUCAACACUCGCUCAGGAGAGAUCACCACUACUGCCUUACUGGACAGAGAGCUGAAGUCAGAGUACAUCCUGAUUGUCAGAGCUGUGGAUGGAGGGGUCGGGCCCCAACAGAAGACGGGCAUUGCCACGGUCAACAUCACCAUCAUGGACAUCAACGACAAUCCCCCCGUGUGGCGAGACGAGCCCUACAACGCCAACGUGGUGGAGAUGAGCCCCAUCAACACGGACAUCAUCUCUGUGCUGGCGAUUGACCCAGACAAUGGGGAAAACGGGACGGUUGUGUACAGCAUCAGCCCGAACAACCCCUUCUACACCAUCAACAACAUCACUGGGAAAAUUCGGACCAGCGGGGCAGUCCUGGACAGAGAGAGCUCCAGCCUGAAAGACUCUCUGCUCAUGAGGGCUAUCGUUGUGUCUGCCACCGAUCUCGGCAGACCUCCACUGCGUUCUUCAGUCAGCACCACGGUCUACGUCAACUUGCUCGACCUUAAUGACAACGACCCCACCUUCCUUAACCUACCGUUUGUGGCCGAGGUAACAGAGGGUCUGCCUAGUGGAUCGUCUGUGUUCAAGAUCCAGGUGGAGGAUCCUGAUGAGGGGGACAAUGGCCUGGUUACCAUGGCGCUACAGAUGGGCAUGCCGCGCCUUGACUUCUAUCUCAACACAACCACGGGCGUGCUGUACUCCACGGUAAUGCUGGACCGCGAACAGAUUGGCCAGUAUUACAUGAGAAUCGUGGCCCACGACCAAGGCCAGAAACCACGUACCUCCACCAGCACCCUCACCAUUACAGUCCUAGACGUGAACGACGAGACUCCCACCUUCUCCCCGAAAGUCUACAAUGUGUCUCUGCAGGAGAGUGUCCCCAGGGAUCAACUCGUGGCUCGCCUCAACUGCUUCGAUAAUGAUGCAGGCCUCAACGCUGAGCUUAGCUACUUCAUCACAGGUGGGAACCAGGAUGGUAAAUUCAGUGUUGGCUUCAGAGAUGGUGUGGUCCGAACUGUGGUUGGCUUGGACAGAGAGACUCAGGCUGCGUACACACUGAUCAUUGAGGCUAUUGACAAUGGCCCAGCAGGCAGCCGGAGAACAGGCACGGCCAUGGUGUUUGUUGAAGUUCUGGAUGUGAACGACAACAAACCCAUCUUCCUCCAGAAUAGCUACGAGACCAGCGUACUGGAGAAUGUCCUCUCAGGAACCAGCAUCGUGCAGGUGCAGGCCACUGAUGCAGACCAGGGGCAGAAUGGCAGGGUUCUUUACAGGAUUCUCUCUGGGGACAGCGAGGGUCAGUUCAACAUCAAUCAGCUGUCUGGACUGGUGACACGGGGCCAGAAAACUCUGGAUAGAGAGAAAAGAAGCUCUCACGUGUUGGAGGUGGAGGCCUACAACAGUGACAUGGGCCUGAUGAGGAGUUCUGUCCGGGUGAUAGUGUAUGUUGAUGACGUCAACGACGAGCCUCCAGUAUUCACCCAGCAGCAGUACAACCGUCUGGGCCUGAAGGAGACAGCUGGGAUUGGCACCUCUGUCAUCGUAGUUCGAGCCACAGACCCUGACACGGGUGAUGGUGGGGCAGUGGCUUACUCCCUGGUCUCCGGUGCGGAUCGUAAGUUUGAUGUGGACGUAAGCACGGGCCUGGUGACCACCAUAGACUACUUAGACUACGAGACCAAAACCAGCUACCUGAUGAACGUUUCCGCCACCGACCAGGCGCCACCGUUCUACCGCGGCUUCUGCACGGUCUACGUGACCUUACUUAAUGAGCUGGACGAGGCGGUGGCGUUCCUUUCAGCGGCGUACGAGGCGUCGCUCCGGGAGAACAUUGCCACGGGGAGCGAGGUGGUGCAGGUGCAGGCAAAGUCGGCGGACAACCUCAAUCAGAUGUCGUAUCGCUUCGACCCGGACACGUCGCCCGCGGCCCUCGCACUCUUUAAGAUCGACAGCGUCACUGGUCGAAUCACAGUCACUGGGCUGCUGGACAGGGAGAAGGGGGACUUUUACACCCUGACAGUGGUAGCUGACGAUGGGGCACCUAAAAAAGAUUCAACUGUGAAGGUGUCAAUCACCAUACUGGAUGAGAAUGACAACAGUCCCGAGUUUGAUAUAACAUCUGAUUCCUUGGUGGAGAUUCCAGAGGACACUCCCAGAGGGAAGAGAGUGGCUGUGGUGCUUGGGCGAGACAAAGAUGCCGGGAAUAAUGGAUUGGUGAACUUCAGUCUCGUGGCAGGGAACAUGCAGGAUGUUUUCGAAGUCCGAACAGUGAACCACACUUAUGGAGAGGUCUACGUCAACUCCCUUCUGGACAGAGAGUCUGUUGACCGUUACCUGCUCAAGCUGCGUGCCACGGACAACGGCGUGCCUCCCCGUUACAGCGACUUCGCUCUAACUGUCAACAUCCUGGACGUCAACGACAACGCACCAGUCAUCCAGCGCCCGGGGGGCUACAACGUCAGCAUUAGCGAGAAUGUUGGAGGGGGGACAUCCGUCCUACGCGUGGUGGCCACUGACCGGGACAUUGGUCCCAACGCCAUGCUCUUCUAUUACAUCACCUCGGGUGACCAGGACCUCACUUUCCGUAUGGACCGCAUGGCAGGCGAGAUGGUGACCCGACCAUCCCCACCCGACCGUGAGCGCCAGCAGGAGUACCGGCUGACAGUGGUGGUGGAGGACAAUGGCACGCCACCACUAACGUCAUCGACCACCAUCUACGUGCGCAUCGUGGACGAAAACGACAAUGCGCCAAAGUUUCCUGAGGAGGAGUAUGUGACGGUGUUGAGCGAGGGGCCCUACACAGUAGGUGCCACCAUCGCCACAGUGAACGCGAUCGACCCAGACGAGGGCCUCAAUGGCACCCUCCGAUAUGCAAUUGCCCGUGGCAACUUGGCCACCACCUUCCGCAUCAAUGACACUACUGGAAGGAUUGUUGCUGUAAAGGAGCUGGAUUAUGAGAUCAGCAAUGGACACUACACCCUUGUUGUCACAGCAACGGACCAGUGUCCCCUUCUUGCUCUCCGCCUGACAUCAAGCACAACGGUGUUGGUGAAUGUCCUGGAUGUGAACGACGUGACCCCGACCUUCACCAAGGUGUAUGAGGGGCCUUUCGAGAUAACAGAGGGCCAGCCGGGGCCUCGGGUCUACACCCUUGUUGCCACUGACCAGGACUCUGGACUAAAUGGCAAAGUGGAGUACAGCAUCGUUGCCGGAGACCCCCAAAAUGAGUUUGUAGUGUCUCCUGUAGAUGGAGAGCUACGUGUGAGGAGAGACGUGGAGCUGGAUAGAGAGACCACACCCUUCUACAACAUCACUGUCAUGGCCAAAGACCUGGGCAGCCCAGCACUCAGCAGCUUGGUGGGAUCAUUCAGACACACACACACACACACACACACAUACACACACACACAAAGGCUGAAUGUAACCUGGGCCUGUGUAUUGUCGACCUCUAAGGUGGUGGUCGGUGUGCUUGUACUGGACAUUAAUGACAACGACCCAGUGCUGCUCAACCUGCCCCUCAACACCAGCGUAAGUGAGGGGGCAUCUAUUCACACGUCAGUGGCCAGGGUCCAGGCGCGGGAUGCGGACAGUGGACGCAACGCCCUGCUCACAUACAACAUAACCGCUGGAAACCGGGAUGGAGCCUUCUACAUUAAUGAAACUACAGGGGUGGUGCAGGUGAACAGGCCUCUGGACAGGGAGUGGGUGGCAGAGUACAUAUUAACUAUUACCGUCAAAGACAACCCUGAGAACCCCCGCAUUGCUCGCCGGGACUCAGACCAGUUGGUGAUCACAGUUCUGGAUGAGAAUGACAACAGGCCCAUAUUCACACAGACCAGCUACCGAGCUGAGAUCACAGAAAACUCUGCCACAGGUACCAAUCUCACCGGCAGUUCUGUGACUGUGGUGAACGGACCAGUGCUGGCUGAGGAUAAAGAUAUUGGAGCAAACGCUGUGGUCAGGUAUCGUCUGCUGGGGACCAGGCUGGACCUCUUCACUGUGGACUCCGCUACAGGAUUGGUGCGCGUGCGACCCGGGGCGCUGUUGGACCGCGAGGCCUUUGUGGAGCCGCGGGUGGAGCUCCUCCUGGUGGGUGAGGAUGCGGGGGGGCUCAACAGCAGUGUGACCCUCACCGUGACAAUCCUGGACCAGAAUGACAACCCUCCAGUCUUCAGUCCCUCUAGCCUAACUGUGCACCUCCCGGAAAACAGCCCCUCAGGUGUGGUUGUAACUCAGCUGUCUGCUAGUGACGCUGAUUCUGGGUCCAACGCCUGGCUCCUGUACCGGCUGGAGAGUGGUGCCCAGGACCGCUUCAUAGUCAACUCCGUGUCUGGCGCCGUCCUGGUGGGCAACACCACCCUGGACCGCGAGGAGCGAGGCUUCUACCGCCUGGUCGUCGUGGCUGCCGACCGCGGCACGCCCUCCCUGUCGGGAACGGCCACGCUGUCGGUCAUUCUGGAUGACGUCAACGAUUCGCGGCCCCGCUUCCUCCAGCCCGUGACGAAUAUUAACGUGAACGAGUCUACUCCGCCGGGCGUGGUGGUGGCUACGCUCACCGCUGAGGACCCCGACCUCCAACCCCGACUGGAGUAUUACAUCAUUUCCGUGGAGGCCAAGGAUGAUGGGAAUAACCGUGUUGACGGUCUGCAGGAAUCGUUUGGCAUCGAUUUCCACACCGGUGCUGUGUUCGUGCGUAAGCCACUGAACAGAGAGCUGGUGGCCACCUUUGAGAUCAUCGUCUCAGUGCACGACAACGCCAGUGAUGUCAUCGACAUGUCAGUCAGCGUACCUAAUGCGAGACUGACGGUGAACAUAUUGGAUGUGAAUGACAAUGCCCCGCGGUUCAGACCCUUUGGAGUGGCCAACUUCUCUGAGAAGAUUCUGGAAGGGGCUCAGCCAGGCACCACUCUGCUGUCCGUGUCAGCCGUAGACCCAGACAAAGGGCCUAAUGGACAAGUCAUCUACCAGCUACUCAACCUGCCCCGAGGAGACUACCUCAGACUGGAAGACCCAUCUACUGGUAAGAUCCUGGCCAACCAGACUGUGGACUUUGAGAAGGUGCAGUGGCUGAACUUUACAGUAAGAGCCCAGGACUUUGGCAGUCCCCCUAGAAUGACUGAGCUUCCUGUCUAUUUGUCGAUAGUAGACGUCAAUGACAACAACCCCAUCUUUAAACAGCCCUCUUACCAGAAGCCGGUGUUUGAGGAUGUGGACUUGGGCACAGUCAUAGUGAGGGUCAGUGCUACAGAUGCAGACUCUGGCCUCUUCGCUGUCAUCGAGUACAGCCUGGUGGACGGAGAGGGCAAGUUUGGCAUCACACCUACCACCGGAGACGUCUACAUUCUGUCACCAUUGGACAGAGAGACUAAAGACCACUACACCCUGACUGCCAUUGCUAGGGACAACCCAGGAGGCAGUCCCAACAAUCGCCGGGAGAACUCUGUUCAGGUCUUGGUGACUGUUCUGGAUGUGAAUGACUUCCGUCCACGGUUCUCUAAACAAUUCUUUGAGACCAGCGUGUUUGAAAACGAGCCCAUCGGGACAUCUUUGAUCAUGCUGUCGGCCGUCGACCUGGACGAGGGAGAGAACAGUCGGCUGUCCUAUAGCAUGCAGGGCCCGGGGGCAGAUGCCUUCUCUCUGGAUGCUGAAACCGGUCUGGUAAGCUCUCUCCGCCUGCUGCAGUCCUUUGAGCGUUUUAACCUGACGGUGGUGGCUACAGACUGGGGUCGACCGCCCCUGUGGGGUACUGCCACCUUACACAUCACCGUCAUAGACGUCAACGAUAACAGGCCCACGUUCGUCAGGCCCACCAACGGCACCAUCAUGCACAUCAUGGAGGAGCAGCCCCCAGGCCUGUUGGUAUACGAGGUGUUUGCCACGGAUGCGGAUGAGGGGGUGAACGGAGAGGUGCGCUAUGCCUUCCUUCAAACAGGCGCCGGGAACAGAGACUGGGAGAACUUCCACAUAGACGCAAUCACAGGAAUCAUCACCACUGCCGUCAAACUGGACCGGGAGAAGCAGGCUCUGUACAGCCUGAUAGUCGUGGCCUAUGACCUGGGUCAGCCCGUUCCGUAUGAAACCACCCAGCCCCUACAGGUGGCGCUGUUGGACAUCGAUGACAAUGAGCCUGUCUUCCCCAAGCCAAUGCGAGGCAGCCUGCCGUACCAGACCCUGUCAGUGCCCGAACACUCUGCUCCUGGAACAAUAGUGGGCAACGUGACAGGCGCUGUGGAUGCGGACGAAGGCGCCAACGCUGUGGUUUACUACUUCAUAGCAGGGGGAAAUCCUGAGGGAAACUUUGGCCUGAGCCCAGGGGGUGUACUAAGGGUGAAGAAGGAUCUGGACCGCGAGUACAUCGCAUUGUACUCCAUCAUCGUCAAGGCCUCCAGCCGCAGGGACUGGACCCCUGGUCGCCGUGACUCCUCACUUGACCCCAAAUUUGACCCCACUCUGCAAGAGGUCAGAAUCUACCUGGAGGACAUCAACGACCAGCCACCGCGCUUCACUAAGCUGGAGUACACAGCAGGUGUGGCUGCUGAUGCCAAGACAGACUCGGUUCUGAUCCAUUUACAGGCCCAGGACAACGACGUGGGGAACAACAGCCUGGUGCUGUACCAUAUCCUCUCCAUCCGCUAUAUUAAGCUCCAGUCCAAUGACUCUGAGGACAAAGGAAAUGUCUUCCUCAUAGGAGAGACCGACGGAAUCAUCCGUACCCAUGACCGCUUUGCACUCUACGACCCGGGCUACUUCGUGGUGGAGGUAUUGGCGCGCGACCUGGCAGGGCACAGCGACAUCGCCAUGGUGAACAUCUACAUUCUGCGCGAUGACCAGAGGGUCAAGAUCGUCAUCAACGAGAUACCCGAGCGUGUCGGACAGUUCCAAGAGGAGUUCAUCAACCUUCUUUCUAACAUCACUGGAGCAAUUGUCAACACAGACGAUAUACAGUUCCACGUGGACAAGAAGGGCAGGGUGAACUUUGCCCAGACGGAUGUACUAAUACACGUGGUGGACAAGCAGACCAACCGCAUCAUGGACGUGGAAAAGGUGAUCCAGUUGAUUGAUGAGAACCAGAUACAGCUGAGGAACCUUUUUCGGAAUUACAACGUCAUGGAAGUCCAGCCUGCCGUUAGCGGGAAGGCCCCCGAUGACUUCACAACGCUACAGAUGGCCAUUGUUAUCCUUGCGGUUUUGCUCUUCUUGGCGGCCAUGCUGUUCAUCUUCAUGAACUGGUACUAUCGGACAGUACACAAGAGGAAGCUGAAAGCCAUCGUUGCCGGAGCUACAGGGAACCAAGGCCUCAUGGAUAUCCUGGAUAUGCCCAACACAAAUAAAUACUCAUUUGAGGGGGCCAACCCUGUGUGGCUGGACCCAUUCUGUCGUAACCUGGAGCUAGCCGCUCAGGCAGAGCAUGAAGAUGACCUGCCAGAGAACCUCAGUGAGAUCACAGACUUGUGGAACAGCCCUGCUCGCACUCAUGGAACAUUUGGCCGUGAGCCCCAGGCCAAGCCUGAUGAUGAUCGCUACUUGCGGGCAGCCAUCCAGGAGUACGACAAUAUCGCCAAGCUGGGCCAGAUCAUGAGGGAAGGUCCUAUUAAGGGCUCACUACUUAAUGUGGUUCUCGAUGACUACCUGAGGCUCAAAAAGCUCUUUGCAGCCCGACUGGUCACAAAGUCGACCAGCCAAGGCGACCAAUCGUCUGUCACAGAGUUGAUCCAGAGUGACGUGGAUGACGAUGAGGAGGAGCGCGUGGGCAUGGGGGGCAGCCGGGGAACGCUGCGCUUCAAACACAAGCUCCCCGUGGAGAUGAGGGGACCCGACGGCGUGCACGCGGUCCACGGCAGCACUGGCACGCUCCUGACCUCUGACCUGAACAGCCUGCCCGAGGACGACCAGCGGGCGCUGGCCCAAUCCAUGGAAGCGCUGAACAGCGAUGGCGGGCUGUACGCGGAGCGCAAUGCCCGCACCGAGUCGGCCAAAUCAACGCCGCUGCAUCGCAACAACAAGGACUCGGACACGCUGUCCGAGAGCCCGCUGGAGAUCUCCGAGUUAUGACUAGCCGAGGCCUCGCUGGUCUGAGAAGAUUCCACCUGUGUGCCCACCUGCUUCCUGCCCUAUCCUUUCCCCAAAGGACCGCUUUGACCCCGGGGACGAUUUAGGCAAAACGGCCGGAGGUUCAGAGGUCGGAAGAAAUGGAGUGUGUGCAGUCGUGGACCCUGAAAGGCCAGUGCAGAUGCUCAGGAGCCGCGGAGGACAAAACGGCAGCACAAACCGUCAACGUGGUGAUUAACAAGACACCAACGCUAGUUUGUCUGGGACACACUCGCUUGCAGAGCAACAGGACUCCGGCCCAUUCAUUAAAAAUCCAGGUGGAUACAGAGACUAGUUUCAGCCUAGACCUGGUCAUGUGACACAGUGUGGUGUUGGCUCCACUGCUCCCUUACUGCCAGACAGAAAAACAGCAUCAUUCUCCAAUCACGUCCUAGACUGCACACACUCGGACCCCGCCCCCCCAAAAAAAAGCCACACACUCAGACCAGCGAAUGGCCCCAAACGGACUGUGAAAAAGGUUACAAUUCUCUCAUGUUCUUUUUAUAUGACUGUAAGUGGUAAGGGAAGGUAGAUUAUUGGUCGCGUUCUUUACAUUUAAAGCGACUUGAGGUCUUGAGGCCCUGACUGCAGUGCACUUCCAUUCAGUCUCCCAAACAUCUUGGAUAUUUCUGAACUUGGGAGACGUAACUGGACACCAGCAGACACAGAUCUCCCUUAGGUUGGUGGAUUAGACUAUAAUGGGACGAAGCACAGCGCACAGACUUCCUCUAUGUUUGAUGAUGUCAUUGUUCACGAUGAGCAUGUUCUAGAGAAGAGGCUUUGUUCGGAUGUUAACAUAAGAAAGCAGUCCAGCACGCAUCAGGAUUUCUGUAAAGUGACUGAAAUGUCAGUGUGAUAAAGACUUAGAUUGCACAGCAUUGUUCAUUUCUGAUUGAAACCGAAACAGGCAUUGGUUAUUGCGAAUGUGUUCUCUAAUACAGGAACAUGGCCUUUAAAUUUCAAUCAUGCUGUCGUGCUGAACUUUUGGGAUUCAGAUUAAAUAGAGCCCCGUUUGUAUUAACAAUCCACAGAGAGCGCAUUAGUAGACUGUCACAUGAAUAUAGCAUAGGAAAAAGUCAUUAAGACAAAGGAAGAAUGUCAAGAUUCCUAAGUGUAGAAGUGGAAGCCACAUUUUACACUGAAGAUCUGUGGUACAGCACGAUUGAAAUGUACAUUUCUGAUUCGGCCGGCAUAUGCAGUGUACAGUCUCUGUCAUUGCAGGAACAUUGACUUUAAGGGGUGUAUUCAAUCUGUAAAAAGCAUUCUGGAUUGAAUAGUGCCUUAUAUUUCAAUCAUGCUGUAUCCUGCAUCUUCUGCACUAUGGACUGAAUCUUAAGAUUGCUGUGAGGGUGAAAAAAAAAAGAAAAAAAGAACCUAAUUUUGGGUAAUAAUGAAAUAAAGUUGACACUGCCAUCUGAGUGAGAGUUAAUGGUAAAAAUGAGCAGCCUAUGCUUUAUUUUUUUAUAUUGUAAAAAAAUAAAAAAUUAAGAAAAUGGUAUGGAGAAAAAAUAUUUUUUGAGAAAACCCAAAUGCUGGCUUAACUAAAUGUGAAGAGAGCAAAACGUUGAUGUUUGGAAUACAUGUAACUACAUUGUACUUUAAAUACAUCUGUUAUUUUAUUUUCUGUAGGAACUGUUGCUCAAUCGGAUUGUCGUGUUUAACUAUAUUCAUUUUUAUAUUUCCAUUACGUUUUUAUUUGUCAUUGUCUGCAGUGCUGAGAUACAUGUAGGGAAAUGUUGUUGGAUGAUCUGUGAUAAUAAAAAUGUGCGUGUAA